CUCGAUACAAUGGCAAUACUCCCAUGACGAAGCAUGCAAGCGGAUCUGAUCGGCGUCUUCCCGUUUAAAAAGACGAACCUAGCCUUCUCUCGUCGCUACCUAUUCACUACUUUCCCUAGAUCCGUGGUGCCGUGACUGUCGCUGCGAUCAAGACAUCUUCGUGUAAGAAAAGGACCUGGCGGCCUUCAAACCAUCAAGAUGCAGAUGGACCUCGCUCCAGAAGUUUUCCCCUUUGUUGAUCUGGAAGCUGGAAUCACCCUGAUCAUUGCUACGGAGGCGGAUAUCGCGUCAAUAGGCCCGUCUCGAAAGCUGAUCGAGCUGGGGGGCUGGAGCGAAGCAGAGACAGUUGAGGGGCUCCGCACCUGGCGUCACGGCAGCGUCCGGAUGUGGCAACUGAAGAACAAGACAAUCUUUGAGGACUACCUGGACCACCGGUGGCAUCUGGGCACUGGAGAGGCUGUGCGCGAAGUCAUCUUCAUGAGCAGGCACGUUGCAGCUUCAACGCGGCCUGCGUUCACGGUCCACCCAAUCGGCGUGCCCCACCUUGGGCCCAAUGAGGUGCCGCCAGCUGGCGGCAAAGCAGGGCGGGUCUCUCCACCUUGCACCCGAGUUGGUUCCUGGUUCAGACUGCUGAAAAGGCUGGCGGCCGAGAGGGGCUUCACUCCCGAAUUCGAGGUCACGCUGGAGGCAACGCACCAUGGGCCGUACCUCGAGGCGCCUACAAUGUUUGUCGAGAUCGGCAGCACUGAGGAGCACUGGGGGAGGGUGGAUGCAGCAGAGUUGAUUGCAGAGCUGUUCUGGCAAGGGCUCGGCUUAGGCGGAGGACCGGACCUUGGAAGCUGGUCCAGUGACGACCAAGGUCAGCCUGUUUUGCUGGGGCUUGGAGGGGGCCACUACACCCCACGUCAUGGUGACGUUGCAAGGCACGAUGGCGUGUGGCUGGGCCAUCUUCUUUCGGGCUACUCUUUGCCGAUGACCGAUCCAGCAGACGGAACAAAAGUUCUCGCGAAACGAGGCGAGCCUUCGACCUUGGGAACAGCCUCUAGCAACGGGCCGACCGACAAGAAGCUACCUCAAUCCUCCACGUCAGAAAACGGUGUUUCAACUUCCACUAGGGGUCGGAAUUCGGCGGAGCAAAGCGGGGCGGAUGCACCCGUCGAAGAGGCGGCGCACAGCGCCCCUGAUCUGUUUGAGUCUGCCGUACGGGAGGCGUUCAGGGCGACCAGAAGGGCGUUUCCGGGGGGCAUGGUUUUGGCGCACAUCGACCUGAAAAGCAUGAAAGCCUGGCAACGAGGGAAGCUGACCGAGUUUUUGGAAGAGGAGGGCAUACGAACAGGUACCCCGAAAGACUUCCCUCGGCAAGUUGAAGUAGGAAGCAAUCGCUCCAGAUAGAUGAACGGAAACAUCCACGUCUGCACAAGGAAAGUUGCCACAUGAAGGAGUGAGGUCCAUUGAUAACAAGCUCGCCGUCUAGGUCUGGCAAACUUGGAAUCCAGAUCACGAAAGCCUGUCCGUUGAUUGUGGCACAUCUCAACCGGGUAUUGGCCGGUUUGCAGCGCAAUGGGGUGUGCGUCUAAAUAGCAGAAUUGGUCCGAU